AUGACUUUUUUUCAGACAAGUAGUAAUAUUAGUGACUCAAUUCAAGGUAAAGAAGCACCUUCGCAAGAAAGCGAUGAACCCUGUCAGUCAUCCACGCCAUCAUUAUUAUCAGAAUUACAAUUGCAAAGUACAGAGAUUGGAGAAAUAGCAGAAAUGCCAGAUUAUGAAACUUUGAGCACAUCAGCAGUUUUGCACUACUGCAAACAUAAAAUAUUGAAACCAUAUUUAAGACUUCUAGGUGUUAUGGGUUUACGUCCUACUAGUGAAGAAUCUGAACAUUUUUCUCGUUAUUGUAUAUUAGCUAACUUUCAUACAUUUCAAGUGAUUAUUUUCAUGUGCUCGGGAUAUGUUUUGCAAUAUAUGGCUUGUUAUAGGAGAGAUAGAGGAUUUUGUUACGUAGCAUCUGUUCUAAAAACUGAAAUAUCUUUGGAACCACGUACUUAUGAUAGAACGUGUCAUGGAAGUGCUAUAUUUGCUUAUUUUAUUCCCAGUGCUCUUCAUUUAGUAGCUUACUUGUAUACAGUUUAUUUAUUUCGCAUCAAAGACAAUGAACAGUUACAAACCUUGAUGGAAAGAGCUUUUCUGUUGUCUUCUAAUCCUGCAAACUGUGGUAGUCAAAGACGUCUUGUGAGAAUAUUAUGGUUAUUUAUUGGUUUGGGUGUUAUCUGGAUAAUUAUAGCUUUGAUAACUGUAAGUUUUAUGACUAAUAAGGAUGUUGUGAAUUUCCAGUGGUUAAAACGCAGCUCUACAGAUAUUAAAAUUGCUUUAAAAAUUUUUCUUAUACUGUGCACAUUAUGGCAUGACAUGGUGCAGGGUACCAUAAUAACAAGUUAUUGCAUGCAAGGACAAUUGUUAAUAUCACACUUGCAUUUCUUGAGAGUAAAGUUACUUCAACACACAAUACCAGGACUAGAAUGGAUGAAGGAAAUAAGUGAAUUCAGAAAAUUAUUGAAGUAUUUCAAUGAUGAAUAUGCCCCAGCAGUUUGUAUAUAUACAGUUGUUAAUGUAUCUUGGGCAAUGUCAGGUACUGCUUGGCUCUUGAGCUAUGAUAGUACAAAUGCUUUAAUGGAUCCAAUCACCUAUGCCAAUAUAAUAAAUGUUGUUUUAUGGAUUUGGAUAUCAUUAGCUCCAUUUAUACAAGCUGCACGCUUGACAACAACUUGUUCUAUGAUUCAAAGUAUUGGACAUGAGGUACGAAUUAGGCCUUUUGUAUAUCAAGGUACUCCUGGGGAAGACUUGGAUACCUUGCUUUUAUAUGCAUCAUCGUUAAAAAUGAAUGCAAGACUGUUUAGAAUCCCAAUUACAGGCAGGUACCUGUGUUUACUAUUGACUUUUGCAGCAGUGACCACCCUUACUUUAGGACAAUGCCAAUUUUUUGCAUGAAAAUAUCC